AGUAACUUCAAAUUUUUCUUUCCAGCCACCAAAGUUCUUGGCACAGUCAAGUGGUUCAAUGUCAGAAAUGGAUAUGGCUUUAUCAACAGAAAUGAUACCAAAGAAGAUGUAUUCGUUCAUCAGACAGCAAUAAAGAAAAACAACCCACGGAAAUACCUGCGUAGUGUCGGGGAUGGAGAGACUGUAGAAUUUGAUGUGGUCGAGGGAGAGAAGGGUGCAGAGGCAGCUAAUGUCACUGGUCCAGAUGGAGUCCCUGUAGAAGGCAGCCGCUAUGCUGCAGACCGGCGCCGCUAUCGACGUGGCUAUUUUGGCCGACGCCGUGGACCACCUCGAAGUGGUGGUGAGGGAGAAAUCAAGGAUGGGGUCACAGAAGGAGGACAACUUCAUCAACAAGUCCAUAGGAAUCCCACCUAUCGUCCCCGCUAUCGCAGAGGGCCCCCGCGUCCACGCCCUCCCAGUGGCUGGAGAGGGGCCCCAGUGGCUGGAGAGGCUGAGAACAAAGAGAACCAUCACGAAGCCAAUGCUAUGAGUCAGCAGCCACUUCGCCGUGGAUACAGGCGCCCAUACAACUACAGGCGUCGGCCUCGUCCACCCAACGCUCCAGCUCAGGAUGGGAAAGAGACAAAGGUGACUGAAACACCUGCUGAAAAUCCUGGUCCAGUGACUGAGCAGAGUGGUGCUGAAUAAAGUCUGGCUCCACAGGCACCUUUACCAUCCCUCAGGUGUCCUAAAAUACAACUCAAAAGUUACACCAAAGAAACACACAAAGCAAUAAAUCGUCAACAGUGACGACAAAAAGCAAAGAUUUGAACCAUCGGCACUUAAACAUGUACCAGCAGCUGAGACCCAGGGAACGCCUGCAAGAGAUCCAUAAAGGAAGGGCAAGAGAGCAAGAUCCAGCCAGAACACCCUCCCCGGUUUCAACAGCAACCCUGGGCUUUGGUGGUUUU